UUCCUUACUGAGGAGUUGGCAACACUGAUCCAAAUCCUCUAUUAGCUAACUUUAGUCAAAUAAGUCAUUGAGAAAUCAGAGUAGAGUAGAGACUCACUCAGUAAAACAAGUUGUGUUAGUUGGGGAUAACUGUAGUCUGGGACAACAGCUGAAAGAGGAGAUUCAGAAACGUGCACAUCGGAAGUAACUGUCCUGGAACUGUUUCUCUUCAUGAAUGACAUCGUUGGGACCAUGUUCAGUAAAGCUUUCAUGGAUGAACUUCUCAAACCUCAGCAGCUGUAUUCUCACAGGACAAUGAAAACGGUGCUAACUCGGUUAGCACACGCCUCCAUCAUGAGACUGAACCCGGCCAGCAUGGACAGGCUUUAUGAGCUAAUGGUCAUGGCUUUCAAAUAUCAAGUCUUCCUUUGUCUGCGGCCAAAAGACCUGCUGCUCAUCUCAUACAAUCACAUGGACACCAUCAGGGAAUUCGUGAAAGACACUCCCAUGGUCGUGAACCAAGUGGAUGAGACACACAGGAAAAUCAUUGAGGCAUACUCGUCUUUAUCAGAGGGUGAACUCCAGCUUCUCAGACAGACGCUCCUCAUAUUUUUUCAAGACAUGCACGUUCGUGUGUCACUUUUCCUAAAAAAUCAGAUCCAAAAUCCCAACGGACGGUUCGCCCUGAUGACCUCAGGCCCAGUGCCUCAUGGGACUGAUGUUCCUGGGCUUAUUAGGAUAUUUGACUGUCGCGGCAGAGAAGUGAGACGAAGGGAGUUCCCCUCUGGAGGGAGUUACACCAGCUCCAUCAGAGAGGGGUCUUUCGAGCUGCAUGGAAACAGAGUGAUCAGACUGGGCAUGAACAUGUACACUGUGGACCAUCCAGAGGAGACACACACGUCCAGGGCUCCCUCUGUAAAGACAGACGGCUCUUCCAACCCGCUGGCAAAGGAGGAGCUGAACCUGCUGGCUCGUCUAAUGGGCAGCAUGAAGACGGAGAACAAGCCCAAAGACGAAUCGGGUUUUCGAAUCAACCUGUUUAACACAGACGAAGAGGAGGAGGAAGCAGGAGCGUCAGCUAGUGCUGAAGAAUCCUUGUAUGGAGUGAUAAAUAUUCAAGCGAUGCAGGAUGAGCAGGCGGCAUUGGAGUUGGCUCGCAUCGCUGGACAGUUUGCAGAAGAAAAAGAAGAGAAACCUGAAAAACCCAGCAACAACAAGGGAGAAGAGCUCCUGGCCAUGAUGGACGACCUCUGACUCAUUUAUUCAGUCUGUGGUUGUAUGAUGAUCGGAUGGUUAAUCUCCACUGUGAGCUGGAGAUGGAGUAUUCAAUGAAACAGAUGCAAGAACUCAACAUUAUAACACAGACACAAUAGACAGAAACUGCUUUCUAUGUUUAUAAUGCAGCUGAACUGACUUGGAUGUUAAACUGUAACACCUGCUGUGUUUGAGGUUUUAUUUUCUUUUUA